AAUUAACCCGCAAGCUCCCGAAUCAAACACGCAAUGUUGCUCUCUCUCUCUCUCUCUAUAUAUAUAUAUAUAUAUGAAAAAUACAACAAAAAAGAAUUAAAAAAAUUAUCAUACCUUCUGAGUUUUAAAUUAACAUAGAUUCUGAAUCAUUCACCAUCCCUCGCCACCGCACCGUCGUCCCUCGCCACCGCACCGUCGUCCCUAGCCACCGCACCGUCGUCCCUCGCCACCGCAUCGUCGUCCCUCGCCGCCGUGUCCAAAAACCGCGGUUAAUUUAAAUUUGAUGGAUUCCAAUAAUUGGAGACCUAAUCAAGGUGCUGAACCUAAUAUGGAUUCUAGUGAUUGGAGAGGUCAACUGCAGCCUGAAUCACGGCAAAGAGUUGUCAACAAAAUAAUGGACACAUUAAAAAGACAUCUUCCUGUUUCUGGUCAAGAGGGAUUGCUCGAACUUCGGAAGAUUGCUCAAAGGUUUGAAGAGAAGAUUUUUACUGCUGCAACAAGUCAGCCUGAUUAUCUACGGAAAAUAUCUUUGAAGAUGCUAACAAUGGAGACUAAAUCCCAGGGCACUAUGGCCAACAAUAUACCAUCAAAUCAAGGUGGCCCAAGCAAUAAACCUCCUGAUCCAGGACUUGUUAUGCAGUCUCAAGUUCACAAUCAAGGGCAGCAACAUCCUAUUCCUUUGUCUAAUCAGCCCCAGUCACGCCAACAGCUUCUAUCUCAGAACAUUCAAAGUAACAUGGCAUCUCAACCUAACCUGCCAUCUGUUUCUGGUCUAGCCCAGACUCCCAUCCCGAAUGUUGGCCAAAAUUCAAACAUUCAAAACAUGUUUAAUGGUUCCCAGAGACAAAUGCAAGGAAGGCAGCAGGUUGUUCCCCAGCAACAGCAGCAGCAGCAAUCACAGAAUUCACAACAGUAUCUGUACCAACAGCAGCUUAUAAGGCAUAAACUUCAGAUGCAAUCUCAACAGCAGCAGCAACAGCAGCAUCAACAACAACAGCAGCAGCAGCAGCAGCAACAGCAACACCAACAACAGCAGCAGCAACAGCAACAACAGCAGCAGCAGCAGAACCUUCUACAAUCAAAUCAGUUGCAAUCCUCUCAGCAAUCUGUCAUGCAGCAGCCUUCCAUGAUGCAAACAUCUUCUCUGUCUAGCAUUCAGCACAAUCAGCAAUCUAAUAAUGGUCAACAGUCAGCACAGUCCAUGCUUCAGCAACACCCCCAAGUUAUAAGGCAGCAACAACAACAACAGACUUCUAUUAUUCAUCAGCAACAAACACCAAUGGCUCAACAAUCAAUUUUGCCUCCACAACAGCAGCCGCAGCAACAGCUUAUGGGGCAACAAGCAAAUGCAACCAACAUGCAACACACCCAGAUGCUUGGGUCACAGAAUAAUGUUGGUGAUUUGCAGCAGUCACAGAGGUUACUUGCACAGCAGAAUAAUCUUUCAAACUUGCAACAACAGCAACUAAUAAAUCAGCAAAACAACCUAUCAAAUAUACAUCAACAGUUGGGAAAUAAUGUCCCUGGGUUACAGCCGCAGCAGGUCCUUGGAUCUCAAUCUGGCAAUUCAGGCAUGCAAACAAGCCAGCACUCUGCACAUGUGCUACAGCAAUCAAAGGUUCCAAUUCAGCAACAAUCACAGCAAGGUGCAUCGAAUUUGUUACCAUCUCAAGCACAGCAGUCACAGCCACAGGCUCCACAACAGCAAUUAAUGCCACAGAUUCAAUCUCAGCCUGCACAAUUGCAACAGCAAUUGGGUUUGCAACAACAACCGAAUCCCUUGCAACGAGAUAUGCAGCAAAGGCUUCAGGCAUCGGGUUCCUUACUUCAACAUUCGGGUGUUCUUGAACAACAAAAGCAGUUAUAUCAAUCACAAAGACCCCUUCCAGAAACUUCGUCAAAUUCUAUGGAUUCAACGGCACAGACCGGACAGCCAAGUGGGGGUGAUUGGCAAGAAGAAGUAUAUCAAAAGAUCAAAGCCAUGAAAGAAAGCUACUUGCCAGAGCUCAGUGAGAUGUAUCAGAAAAUCGCGGCAAAACUUCAGCAGCAUGAUUCUCUUCCUCACCAGCCAAAGUCGGAUCAGCUUGAAAAGCUUAAGGUAUUUAAACUGAUGUUGGAGCGUCUUAUAACAUUCCUCCAGGUUUCCAAGAGCAACAUCUCACCUAGCUUAAAGGAGAAACUGGGUUCAUAUGAGAAGCAGAUUAUAAAUUUCAUAAAUACAAAUAGACCUAGGAAAAUGUCUUCACUGCAGCCAGGGCAGCUUCCCCCACCUCACAUGCACUCCAUGUCACAGACGCAGUCCCAAGUCACUCAAGUGCAAUCUCAUGAAAAUCAAAUGAAUACUCAGUUGCAAACAACAAAUAUGCAAGGCCCUGUAGCAACAAUGCAGCAGAAUAACAUGACGAGCAUGCAGCAUAAUUCUCUGUCUGGUUUAUCUACAACACAGCAGAAUAUGAUGAAUACAAUGCAAUCUAGUGCCAAUUUAGAUUCUGCACAAGGAAAUAUGAACUCCCUGCAACAGGUUCCAGUGAGCUCCCUUCAACAAAACCCUGUUACUGCUCCUCAACAAACUAAUGCCAGCUCCUUAUCUUCACAAGCUGGGGUAAAUGUGAUCCAACCAAAUCUUCAGCCAGGUUCUAGUAUGCUUCAACACCAGCAACUAAAACAACAGCAGGAACAACAGAUGUUACAGAAUCAACAAUUCAAACAACAAUAUCAGCGGCAAUUGAUGCAGAGGCAGCAGAUGCUACAGCAGCAGCAGCAGUUACACCAGCCAGCAAAGCAACAGCUGCCUGCACAGUUGCAGACACAUCAAAUGCAACAACUUCACCAAAUGAAUGAUGUAAAUGAUAUGAAGAUGAGGCAUGGAAUUGGUGGUAAGCCAGGGGUCUUUCAGCAACAUCUUGCUUCCAGUCAACGCUCAACUUAUCCCCAUCAACAGAUGAAACAAGGUCCUUUUCCUGUUUCUUCACCCCAACUUCUACAGGCUACAUCUCCACAGAUUCCACAACAUUCGUCUCCCCAGGUUGACCAACACAAUCACCUUCCAUCGCUUACAAAAGUUGGUACCCCUUUGCAAUCUGCUAACUCACCUUUUGUAGUCCCUACUCCUUCACCUCCCUUGGCUCCAUCUCCUAUGCCAGGAGAUUCUGAAAAGCCCAUUUCUGGUGUUUCAUUGAUAUCAAAUGCUGCAAAUGUUGGACACCAACAAACAGGGGGUGCAGCAGCACCUGCUCAAUCGCUUGCCAUUGGAACUCCUGGAAUAUCAGCCUCUCCACUACUGGCAGAGUUUACCGGUCCAGAUGGUGCACAUGGUAAUGCAUUGGUGCCCUCUUCAGGAAAGUCAACUGUUACUGAGGAGCCUUUGGACCGCCUAAUUAAAGCGGUGAAUUCGCUGACCCCUGCAGCUUUAAGUGCAGCUGUCAGUGAUAUAAGUUCUGUUGUCAGCAUGAAUGAUAGGAUAGCAGGGUCAGCUCCAGGCAAUGGAUCCAGAGCCGCUGUUGGUGAAGAUUUGGUUGCCAUGACUAAUUGUCGCCUUCAGGCUAGAAAUUUCAUCACCCAAGAUGGUGCAAAUGGAACCAGGAGGAUGAAACGCUGCACCAAUGCUACACCCUUGAAUGUUGUAUCAUCUGCUGGUAGUGUGAAUGAUAGUUUCAAGCAGUUAACUGCUAUGGAGGCUUCUGAUUUGGAGUCAACUGCAACAUCCAAUAUCAAGAAGCCUAGGUUUGAGGCUAAUCACGCCCUUCUAGAAGAAAUUAGGGAGGUAAAUCAGCGACUUAUUGACACAGUAGUGAGCAUAAGUGAUGAAGAAGUUGAUCCAACUGCAGCAGCAGCUGCUGCUGAAGGGGCAGAAGGAACUAUCGUCAAAUGUUCUUUUAUUGCUGUGGCUCUCAGUCCAAGCUUAAAAUCCCUAUAUGCUUCAGCACAGAUGUCACCAAUUCAACCUUUGCGCCUCCUUGUUCCUACAAAUUAUCCUAAUUGUUCCCCCAUAUUCCUUGACAAGUUUCCAGUUGAAUCCAGUAUGGAGAAUGAAGAUCUUUCUGCCAAAGCUAAGUCAAAGUUUAGCAUAUCGUUACGAGGUUUAUCACAAACUAUGUCUCUUAAGGAGAUAGCGAAGACUUGGGAUGUCUGUGCUCGUACAGUUAUUUCAGAGUAUGCACAACAGAGUGGUGGCGGGACUUUCAGCUCUAAGUAUGGUUCUUGGGAGGAUUGCUCGACAUGGUGAUCAUCUGAUCAUUGUGAGGCAUGCAAACUGUUUGUGUUAUUUAUUUUCAAAUUCUUUUUGUUAAACUUAUUCAAUGUUUCGUUGUAUAUAUAGUAUAACAACCUUUUUCUUGUUUACCCACAUCACAAGCUGCAAUUGCGAUGUGCUUUGUUGCCUAAGAUGUUCGGUUUAGUAAAUUUACUCAUGACUUGAAUCAGAUUGUUCUUUGUGAAAGCUUUGUUCAUAAUUAAUACAGUAGCUCUAUAUUUAUGUCCCAA